AUGUGCUCGAAUGGUAAUCCAAAUGCAAAAAUCUCGAAAAUUGUAGAUCAGAUAGCCUCCUUAACUUUACUCGAAACCGCAGAUCUGAUUCAACAAUUAAAGGCACGACUCAAUAUACAAGAUAUAGCCAUGCCUACGGUUAAUGUGGCUUCGGCCGUUGCUUCUCCUGCAGCAGCUACACCAAAAGUUGAGGAAGAAAAGCCAGCUGAAAAAACCGAAUUUAGGGUAAAGUUAGAGAAAUAUGAAGCAACAGCAAAAACUAAAAUCAUCCGUGAAAUAAAAAAUAUUAUCCAAGGAAUGAAUUUAGUAGAGGCCAAAAAAUUUGUAGAAGGAGUUCCCAAAGUAAUUAAAGAAAGCGCAACAAAAGAAGAAGCAGAGAAAAUUAAAAAAACAAUUGAAGACUUGGGUGGUUUUGUCGUGUUAGAGUAA